CUGUAGAGGCUCGGCAGCAGAGUACAAAGGACCUCUGGUUGAAUGUUAUCUGAGCUCAACUCUUCUAACUUUAUAGUAUCUCACCCCCACUUUGCUAAAUCUGUGCUGCAGCCUUCUGUGCUGGCUGUUGCAUCAUUACACAGGGAGGAGAGAGCGAUCAGUUCAGUAAGACUGACACAUGCACAGCUGAAUUUGAUCGUCUCCAGUUUCUUAUUUGACCAUGUCAGAGAAUCACUCCAUAGUUCAGGGCAGAUAGCAGCCUUUCCUCAAAUCAGGGCUGAAAUACCAGAGCUCGAAGUAAGGUGAUAGAGCUGUGGGUCUGAAGUGGCUCAGAUUUGCUGUGGAAAUCUAGGUUUUCAAAAUGAAUAAAGAUGCACAGAUGAGAGCAACUAUUAACCAAAAACUAAUAGAAACAGGAGAGCGAGAACGCCUUAAAGAGCUGCUAAGAGCCAAAUUAAUUGAAUGUGGCUGGAAGGAUCAGUUGAAGGCACACUGUAAAGAUGUAAUCAAAGAAAAAGGGUUAGAGCAUGUUACUGUUGAUGACUUGGUGGCAGAAAUCACUCCCAAAGGUAGAGCUUUGGUACCAGACAGUGUAAAGAAAGAACUCCUACAAAGAAUAAGAACCUUCCUUGCCCAGCAUGCCAGUCUUUAAGAUUGACAUUAAUUCUGAGUACAGUAUUUUUGUGUGUCUGUAUUAUGUAAGUCAUGCCAGAAAUUGGAAUACAUUUUUCAUGUUUUAGAAUUUAAGUUCAUUUUUGUAUGAUUAGUUACAGGUGUAUCAUUAUACUGCAUUAAUUUCUUAAACUUGCUGUUUUAAUAAAAAAAAAAAAAAACUUUUGUGGUUA